UUUUAAAUAUAAUCAAAUGGAUCGGAGUGGUUCUAACAAUCAGCCGCUAGGCCAGCGUGGUCAGGGUCGAAUGGCAGCUUUCGAUGCCGAUAAACAGCGCUCUGCUGGUGGUCGGGGUGGACGCGGUGGACGAGGCAGAGGUCGUGGUGGUGGACGAGGCAGAGGUCGAGGUGGAAACAGGGGACCUAGAAGGACGUUAAAGCGAAGGAAGACUCAGAAGCUUGAAGAGAUAAAAAAGGAGAUGGAAUCGCUUGGACUUGAGGUUGGGGAUCCUCACUUGGAAUCGAAAGCUGAUCCAGGGGAAGUCGGAGAGAAAAUUCGAGUUUUAACAAAUGUUUAUGGAGUUAAGAUGGAAGAAAAAACAGUUUAUCGUUACGACAUUACAAUUUCUGCUGUACCGAAGAAGAAAGGACCAGCGCGUAUUGAAUUUACUAAAAGAACAAAGGACGAUUGUGUUGUUGUGGAUCGUCGCGAUUUUUGUCGCGUAGCUUUUGACUUUUUCUUUGAGAAGGAGAAGGCCGUUUUUGGCGAAAAUCGUUACACUUUGUAUUAUGAUCUUCAGUCAAUUCUCUAUACACUCUUCCAGUUAUCAUUUGAAGGAAAAGACGAGCAAAAAUUUCAACUUAAUAAAGAGGAAUGUGAAAGUCAUAAAUUGUUACAGGAUUUUAAUAGAGUGGAGAUGCUUGUUAGAAAAGUGAAUAAGCAAGUCGAAUUAGCGGACCUUUCGUUUUUAACUAAUGAUAUGAGCAAACAAAAUCAUUCCUUGGCACAAUUUAUUGAGCUUGCAACUUCACAACAUCCACUUCAGACUCCAAACGAACACGUCAUUCUCGGCGGAGGAACUUCUUAUUUGAUUACUCCUGAUAUGUAUGACUUUGUUCCAGAGGAUGGACCUGAGCUUAGUGCGCAUAACAAGUACCUGGCAAUUGGUAUUCAUAAGAGUGUACGAUAUGUCGAAGGACCUACAGGUCGAAAUUCAAAAAAAGUAGGAUUGGUUGUAGAGAGCAAAAAGACACCUUUUCAUAAUACUGAUGGUACUCUUCUGGAUAAGACUGCAUCAAUUGUUGGUCCAAAUGCAAUUAGAGAUGACGGUUCUGUAGAUCGCGGUUUGCAUGUUAUUGUUCACUAUCCGAAUGGUCGGUCUCGAGAAGUGUUGUUAAGUGGUGUGAGUCAAGCGACGGCUGCCACUCACGUUAUUGACGUACAAGGCGAACGUGUAUCAGUGCAGGAGUAUUUCAAACGAAAAUAUACCCAAAAACUUUCGUAUCCCGAUGCUCCAUUAGCAACUGCUUUUGAAAAAGGACAAACUAAUUAUUACCCAAUGGAACUCUGUUCAAUUCGUGAUAAUCAACGAGCUCAAUUGAGUCAAUUAAAUGCUAGGGAAGUUGCUGCAAUGAUUAAAGCUUCAGCUGUUCCUCCAACUAAUUUAAAACGACAAAUAGAGAGCAGCGUUCAGGCAUUAAAUCUCAAAGAAAGUGAAUAUCUUAAGGAAGCAGGAAUUCAGAUAUUUAAAAUAAUUUUUAUUUUUACUAAUAAUUCAAUUUUUCACAUUAUGAAGCCGUUAAUUGCUAAAGGUCGUCGACUUCCUCCUCCAACAAUUCUUUUUGGACGAGAAAGAGAGUCAAUGGUUGAUAAGGAUUCUGGUAAAUGGCAGGUUAGAGAUGCAUUUUAUUUGCCGGCAACCAUCGAAAAAUGGGCUAUUUAUUUAAUCCCUGCUGCAAGAACAAGAGAGAAAUAUCGCUUUGGUGAAAAUGAAAUGAAUGAUUUUAUUCGCGCUUACAUUAACUGCUGUAAACAACAUGGUAUGAUAAUUAACGGUCCGGCAGAUAAACAAAUGUUGCAGCCCAACCCAGAUGACGUUGAUAAGUGUAUAGGAAUAUGCAAAGACAAUAAUUGCGACUUUGUUUUCUUUGUUACUAGUGAUGCUGUUACAAAUUUGCAUAAUUUAAUCAAAGGAUGUGAAAGGAAAUAUGAAAUUGUCACGCAAGAUUUAAAGCUCUCUAAUGCAGCUGAGAUUGCAAUGCGAGGCAAACAAGAAACUGUUUUAAAUAUCGUUUGUAAGACUAAUGAAAAAAUGGGAGGAAUUAAUUAUACGAUCAAAUUGGCUGAUCAAGGGUUUAUUUUCUCAUUAUAUUUUAUAUUUUCUUGUAAAUUUUUUAGAAUUCACAAUUUAAUUGAAGAUGGGACAUUAUUUAUUGGUUUAGGCAUUUCACAUCCUGGAGCUUUGGGAAAUUAUGAACGCGCUAGAGGAGCUGCACCUAAUGUUCCUUCUGUUAUUGGAUACGCAGCAAAUAUGAAAAAACAUUCCUUUGACUUUGUUGGCGAUUACUUAUUUGAUGAGGCUCGUCGUGAUGAAAAAUAUACUACAUUAGCACAUAUUACCAAAACUUGUGUGACUCGAUAUCAAAAUUCAAGAGGAGAUGCACCCAAACGAUUAAUACUGUUUAGGAAUGGAAUGUCUGAGGGGCAAUUUGCUACAGCUAAACAAUAUGAGAUACCAAUGGUUCGUUUGGCAUUGCAAGAAUGUUCAGCCAGUAGUUGCAAGUUAACUGUUUUGGUUUCACAAAAGACGCAUAAUAUUCGUCUUUUUGCUCAUGAAGAGCUUUCAAAGCCUACUGGUUCUUCCAAAAAUUUGAAUAUUAAACCAGGAACGGUUGUGGACGAGCAAGUGACACAUCCUGAACAUUCAGAAUUUUAUUUAAAUUGUCAUUCGGCAAUCCAGGCAAGCUCUUUCUUACAAGAUAAUAUAAUGGAUUUUUUAGGGAACAACUCGAACACCGCGUUUUACUAUUUUAGAAGAUGA